UUCAGUUCCGGGCUCGUUGGAAGUACUUAUGAACGCCGGUUUCAGUUCAACGCGAACUGGAUUCUCGGAUGAUUCGCGUAUCCUGCAUCCAUGGCGAUGUCUAUCUGUCGUCGCUGUAGAGCAUGCGAGCGUCGAAUGGAAUGGUGGCCGAUUGAAUCGCUUUGUAACAGCUUCUAGUCCCAACCCAGCUAGCUCAUCCUCAGCGGCAAGUGACGGCCUCGACGGGGAAACCCGGGUUGGCCGGACCUUUCUGGCGGCGAACGGGGUCAUCGGAUUGCGCCUGUGGGAGAGACUUGUGUGAUUAUAUGAGCAGUUUGACUGGCCCCGGUUCCAUGGGACACGGCGACUGCUCUCGAGUUACCAAUGAGCAUUCAAAGCGACUCGUGUGCCGUUGUGCAUCUCGACGUCCGGUGAGAGCCACGGGAUACCAGGUACGUACAUUCGGGCAGCACCGGUUUUUUUUGCAUUGACAUGCAUCGGCUGCUUAUGUGUGAGAUGCUGCGACAAAUCCCUUUGACAAAUCUGGGAUCGCUGUGGAUCGCGAGGACCUCGCUCGCUACGAGCGUCCCGUGUAUUCCACGUCGGCGCGUUUAUUGAUUUACAGCCAUAAGGUCGAUGUAGGUGUUUGAGGGAUACAAU